AAGACGAUCUGAAAAAAAAAAAUGCAUGAAUAGGAGGAGGAAUCAGCUGCGACUAUGAUGCAGCAUCUAGACUUGCAAGCGUUGCCAGAAGGAUGCAUUGCCAAUGUGAUCUCAUUGCCAGUCCUCCAGAUGCGUGCAGGCUAUCGGUGCUUUCUAGGGUUAUCAGAUUGGCAGCAGAAUCCGACGCCGUUUGGGACAAGUUCCUGCCCCCUGAGACCCAUGAGAUCCUAUCCCACUCUGCCACUGCCUCUGCUGCCAAAUCCAAGAAAGAGCUCUACAUGUCUCUCAGCCACAGCCCCGUCCUCAUCGACGAUGGCACUAUGAGCUUUUCUUUGGAAAAAUGGACUGGAAAGAAAUGUUACAUGAUAGCUGCAAAGCGCCUUCGGAUUGCUUGGGGUGAUACUCCUCGAUAUUGGCAAUGGAUUACUCUGCCUAGCACCAGGUUCGAGGAAGUAGCUGAGCUUCAGUGGGUUGGUUGGUUUGAAAUUCGUGGGAGAAUUGCUAUACACAUGCUUACCCCAUCAACUCUAUAUAAAGCUUAUCUUGUGUACAAGUUUACUGAAAGAGCAUGGGGCCGGAUUUGACAACUAUCCUGUGGUGGUGGCGGUUUCUGCAAGGGAUUAUGGCUUUGAUUAUGAAAGCCCUAGUUUGAGAGAAAUUGUUGAUGGAGGAGACCUUAAGCACACUGCCUUUCUGGUGCAUCCCGAGAGAGGAAUCAGUAAUGAUCAGCAUUUUCCAAAGGAAACAGCAGAUGGCUGG